AUGUCCUCAAUCCUGAACGGAACGGCCAACGUCCUCCACAAGACCAAGCUCCCCGCCGGCGCGACGCGCGAGCAGGGCGUGGCCAUGCUGCACGACCACGCCUUCUACCUCUCGUGCGACCCGCACCUGGUCAAGCAGUCCGAGCUCAAGCCCGACGACGCGCGCGUCAAGGACGCCGCGCCGCCGCCGCCGCCCGAGCGCGUCGCCUCGGCCGCCGUGGCGGGGCGCGCCCGGCGCUUCUACGAGGUCCACGACCUGGUCCACAACCUGCCGGGGGGCCUGUGGGACUCCAACGUCGUGAGCACAAACGAGAUAACCGACAUCGAGGCCGGCCUCUUUGUCCGCAUCCGCAGCCCCAUGGCCGUCGUCAUGGACACGUUUUGGGAGAUCAGGGCCGUCGAGGGCGAGGAGGGCGCGUGGGAGCUGGUUGAGGAGAUCACGAUCUCGGCGUCCCGUCUGAUCGUCGGGCUGGUCAAGUCGCUGUGCGAGGGCGGGUGGGAGAAGAUCCACGAGAAGAUGAUGGAGAGGCUAAAGGCGGAGCUGGCGGCCAAGAAGGCCGCGGCAUAG